AGAGAUGGAGAGAGAGAGAGUGAGUGAGAGAGCGAGAGAGAGAGUGAGAGAGAGCGCUGCAUGCUACUCACUGCCCGGCAGGAGCACCAGAGGAGACGGAGCUAUAGUGCUGAGAACGAAAGAAAAGAAGGGUAGAGUGACGUAGAGAAAGAUAAUAUAAGAGGAGAAAGGGAAGAGGGGAAUCUGGGGCAGAUGCACAUUAGUGACAGACAUUAACAUCGGCAGGCUGGAGCAAGAGAACGUGAAAGAGGCUUGGAGAAUAAGACAUCAUAAGAGGAGAAGAAGCUGAACGCCGUGAAAGAUGACAGAGCACCAGUCCUGAGAUCAACCCUCAUCCUUCCCCCUCUCCUCACCCCUCCUCUGACCCCAUCCCCAACAUUACCCUCCUCCCUCUCUCUCUGUGGUUAGACAAGACAUGAUGACCGGUCCUGACCAGAUUCCGCGCUCAUCGCGUCCCUCUGGAAUCACUCCAGCUUCUCUGGACUUCUCAGCAUUCUGACUGGCACUCUUCCGACCACUUUUAGAUAUUCUCUCCAGGAGAAGACAGGAAGGAAUACGGUAUUCUCUCCAGGAGAAGACAAGAAGGGGGAAGUUUGUCAUCUCCUUGCUGUGAGGACUGACUUUUUUCUUCAGAGGGAAGAUAAUUACCUACAACAUCGAGAAGACUUCCUGAGUUACAAAACAACAACACUGAGAAAGAAACAACAUUUUAAACACGGAAAGAAGAAGGGACAUUUUAACACGGAAAGAAGACAGGACAUUUUAACACGGAAAGAAGACAGGACAUUUUAACACGGAAAGAAGACAGGACAUUUUAACACGGAAAGAAGACAGGACAUUGUAACAUCAACAGGUCAUUUCAACAAAAGAUCAAGACAUUUUAAAACUUUAUCUCAGUCUCUCUCUCUAUUCAUCCACUUCUCUUGGACUCUCUGUCCUGAACAUUUCUCUGUGAGUGUCAGUCGGUCCAUCCAGCCCAGCCAUGCAGGUGUCUAUAGCCUGUACGGACCCCCACAUGAAACGUGGAAAUGGGGAUCACAAGAAUGCCACCAGCCCGGGGAAUGCAGCGCGGGCCAAGUUCAGAACCGUGGCCAUUAUAGCACGCAGCUUUGGGGCGUUCGCACCCCGACACCACAUCUCCCUCAAAGAGUCCACGGGGAAACUGACCGGCAUGAAAUACAGGAACCUGGGAAAGUCAGGACUUAGAGUGUCGUGUUUGGGACUGGGCACAUGGGUAACGUUUGGCAGUCAGAUUACAGAUGAGGUGGCCGAGCAGCUGAUGACCAUAGCGUAUGAGAGUGGGGUCAAUCUGUUUGACACAGCGGAGGUGUACGCUGCUGGAAAAGCUGAAGCAAUAUUGGGUAAUAUCAUCAAAAAGAAGUCCUGGAGACGAUCAAGUCUGGUCAUCACUACCAAGCUGUACUGGGGAGGAAAGGCAGAGACUGAAAGAGGCCUUUCAAGGAAACACAUUAUUGAAGGUCUGAAGGGCUCUCUCCAGAGGUUGCAGCUGGAAUAUGUAGACGUGGUCUUCGCAAACCGCCCCGACACCAACACGCCCAUGGAGGAGAUUGUGAGAGCCAUGACGUAUGUGAUCAACCAGGGGAUGUCCAUGUACUGGGGGACGUCUCGAUGGACAGCCAUGGAGAUCAUGGAGGCGUACUCUGUGGCCAGACAGUUUAACCUGAUCCCUCCGGUGUGUGAGCAGGCUGAGUACCAUCUCUUCCAGAGGGAGAAGGUGGAGGUCCAGCUUCCAGAACUCUACCACAAGAUAGGUGUUGGGGCAAUGACGUGGUCUCCGCUGGCCUGUGGCAUCAUCACAGGGAAGUACCAGAACGGCAUCCCAGAAACCUCCAGGGCAUCCAUGAAGUCGUACCAGUGGUUAAAGGAGAAGAUAGUGAGUGAGGAUGGGAGGAAACAGCAGGCUAAGCUGAAGGAGCUGGGACACAUCGCUGAGAAGCUGGGCUGUACUCUCCCACAGCUGGCCGUGGCCUGGUGUUUGAGGAGCGAGGGGGUGAGCUCAGUCCUCCUGGGAUCCUCCAGUCCAGAGCAGCUAACGGAGAACCUAGGUGCCAUACAGUUCCUUCCUAAAAUGACGUCUCAUGUGGUGUCGGACAUCGAUCGCAUACUGGGGAACAAGCCUUACAGUAAGAAGGAGUAUCGCUCCUAGACACCCAGGAGGAAGCAGAACCACUACUGUACAACCACUGUGGAUCCAGAUCCACCAACCACUUGGGCUCAGCCUCCAUGGGGUUUCAGCUCAGUCUAAUCCAGCCCAGUUCAGGCCUGCUCAGCUCAGCCCCAGCCUUCUUAGCCCAGUGUAACCAAGCUCAGUUCAGCCUAACCCUGCUAACCCUCUGCCUAGACCAGCUUUCAGCUCAGCUUACUCUUAUCAGUAGAUUUUCUGACUCCUGAGUUUAUUAACCAGGUAGAAGCAUGCUUCCCCUCUCUGGUGUGCCUGGACUUUCUCUUUAAAGGCACAUUAUACAAAACAACACAGAAAGGGGAUAAUACUUAGUAUAUACCAUAAACGUCUUUCACAAUGCAUUUUGAAAACAGACUCCUCUCUCAAGCCAGUAUACUGCAUUUGACCCCUGUUUGACCUCGCAAAGCAAAGCACCCUGGGACAGUGAGUUUCAGCGACAGGCAUUUGUUCUGUCUGUGAGGGGAAGAAUGUGCAUGUUGUCGCCCCCAUUUGGUCGUAUGAGAAACUGCUAUCCAAUAUCUUCAAAAGAUUCUUAGUGAGAGAGCGCAGGAGAAUCUCAAUUGCAUACUCCUCGCGUCCUCUCUCCUCGCCUCCUUCUCAAAACCCAUUGAGAAUGUUCGAGGGGAGGGACCUCUGACUUUCUCAUCCAAUACGUUUUGAGAAGGAGGCGAGGAAAGAGGACGCGGGGAGUCAAGAAAACGCAAUUAAGAUUCUCCCAGUGGCCUACUGUUCUGUAUAGUGUCUGUCUGUCUGAGUGAGCAGGUGGCCUCCUGUACUGUACUGUAUACUCUCUGUCUGCAUCCAUAGAGGAGAAUCCUGCCUCUCCUCCUCCGGCCUGUAAUUUGAACCUGCAUCUUUGGUUGCUGACGGGAAUCUGGGAUAGCACAAGCCACUCUGUGACAUAACCUCCCACCAGACCAAUGUUACCUGUGGGUGUUGCUUGUUAGAUAAUGUGAAAGAUAGGUGAAGUAUGUUGAAAGAUAGGUGAAGUAUUUAGAAAGAUGUAAAGGCCUAUAUCUAUUCUAUAAUAGUACGUGAAAGUAAGUUUAUUCUGUGUGUUUGAAUUUUUUUGUCUUUCAGGGGUGUAUAUAUUAAACUUUAUGGGGCAAACCUUGUAACGUAA